AUGGCUAGUAAGAGAAAGCGAAACCAUGCUGUCACUAGUACUGGCGCUGAUACUGGCAAUGGCAAUGGCAAUGACACUGGUCUUGCAGAUUCCAAUAAACGUCAAAGGACCUCGGGAGACGGUUACAGCAAGGAUCCUCCCGUAAAGCAAGCUUUGCUGAACAAAUAUUACCCUAAUGUUUUAUGUCUUCGAGAUUAUCUACUUUCAAAGCUUCCAGUGUCCUCCAAGGUACGGAGGAAGAAGUUAUCCUCUGUGGGUCGCAAGGCUUCUGCAAAUAUUCCAUAUCAAGAUGGGGAUGAUGAUGAAGAUGAGGACCGUGUGCUAGGUGAUUUCCUUGAUGCUAUGAAAGCCUGGCCAUGGCCUCAUGUUCUCUCUUUGUUAGGAAAAGCUGGAGAGCAUGUCAUGAGUGAUUUGAUUCUUGACUGUGGAGUUUUUCUUCAAAUAAAAAAUACACAUGGUAGCUAUUACCAACUCAGUGGUCAGCCUUUAGGUGAAAUCUUACCUAUUACAAAUGGAAAACACCAUGGAAAAGAAUCUGGAGCAGACAGUGGUUCAAAGAAAGAUCAGCAACCAGGUAUCUUGCACAAUCCAAUGGAAAUCAAUUUUGUAAGAAACCGAAUGCUAUAUGCAAAGGCUGCUUUGAAUGCUCAAGGUGAAGUUCAGUUUGGUUUGAGACACAUUCAGGUUGACAAUCGAGAAACUGUUCAACCAUUUAAAGAUUACACAUUACGUGAAGAAGAAAUUGAUUCGAAAUACCCUGAAGCAAAGGGCAUCAAAAUUCCCAAAAGACUUCGUGGCAAGGCGAAGGAUUUGAAUCGGAAGCAUGAGGAUGGUAAUGCAAACCGUAUACAAGAAGAGCCUUCAUUUAACUCGACAUCGUUGAAAAUUCAAUCUUAUCGAAAAUGCCACAGCUCCUCCAUACUCUCAUCGAGUGCACCUUCAAUUCCAGCUCGAAAAUCAACUUUAAUGGACCAUGCAAGUUCUACUGCUGAAGUAUCUGCAUUCUGUCGUGCGGUACUUCGAAACAUCAUACCGCAUGAAUUUUGGGGAAUGGGAGAUGUGCAGGCACAUAAUGAAAGCAUCUUCCAUAAGAAUGUGGAUAACUUCAUUGGUUUGAGAAGAUUUGAGGUUUUGUCACUUCACGAAGUUAUGCAGGGAAUCAAGGAAACUGGUGUGCGACCAAUCAUGAAUCUAAGGAGAAGAGCGAUGCGUAAAGGCGAUAAGCACCUGUUAGGUGUCAGUAUUAACAGCGUACUAACGCCAGUACAUAAUGUGCUCACAUACGAGAAGGCAAACAACCUAACUCGUCUUGGAUCAACACUCUUCUCUGUUGGUGAUCUAUAUCAGAAGGUCAAGUCCUUUAAAGCUUCGCUCAAUGCAUCAACAAAGCCCCUCUAUUUUGCCAAAGUGGAUGUCCAAGCCGCAUUCGACACCAUUCCCCAGGUUGCAGUCAUCAAGCUCAUGAAAACCGUUCCUUCAGAACCAGAGUAUAGAUUCUCGAGACAUGUUGAGAUUAAACCUACAGAUGCCUACAACAUCGAUCCUAAUGCACCAAACAAGCCCAUCCGAAGAUGGAAAUCCAACGCUAAGUCUAUGCACCAUCUCGAUAAUUUCGAUGAGGAUCUUGAAAAUGACAUAGCCAUUGGCAAAAAGAAUACUGUAUUCGUCGAAAACAUUGUCAAUCAGAUCCGUGAUACUAAUUCCCUUCUCCAUCUCCUGACUGAACAUAUCUCACAAAAUAUGGUGAAAAUUGCACACGCAAAACGUUUCUUGAAAGUAAUGCAUGAUGGAAUACCUGAAUAUGGAGUAGGUGUAAAUCCGGACAAGACACUUACAAAUUUCGAAGUGAUGAUUUAUGGGAAGAAAAUUAAGAGGAUUGUGGGUGAAAAGAUGUUUCCAUAUUGUGGGAAUUUGAUUGAUAUGAAGACAUUGAAUAUUGCAAGGGAUAGGGGUAGAGGGAAAGAUUUAGCAAUACAAGAUUCCCUCACAGUUGAAUAUUCUAGGAUUCCGGGUAAAACAUUUCAUCGGAAAGUUCUUAAUUCGCUCACCCUCCAAACCCACCCCAUGUACCUCGACACCUCGCACAAUUCCCUCCCCACCGUCCACAAAAACAUCUACACCUCGUAUCUCGAAUCCGCCACCAAAAUGACCUCAUAUAUAAAAUGUUUGCCCGUGUCCAAAAAACCUAAAUGUGCUUUGAUCAUUCGGACGAUUGGGGAUUUGGUCGCUUUGGGGUGGUGUUUGAGUAGACGGGGUGGAAGAGGGAGGGAAAGUGGGGAUGAGGAAGGGAGAGGGGAGGAUGGAAGAGGGAAGUAUAAGGGGUAUAAAUGUGAGGUGCAGAAAUGGGAAAUGAGGAGGUUGGCGCUGGGGGCUUUUUUGGAGGUCAUGAGGAGGAGGCAGUGUGGGUAUGGGGGGGUGGUGGAGUGGUUGGUGCGGGAGUUGGGGGGGUUGGGGGGGGGGGUUGUGAUGAAAAGAUGA